AUGGAAGUUGAUGAUGGAGGCGCUGAAAAGGUCAACCCGGAGGAAGACUCAGCAACCAAGUCAGUAAAGCCAUCAAAGAAGCUUAACGACAAUGAUGACAAGACUAAAGACAACAAGAACAAGCAGCUUUGUCGUGAGUCAUAUCAUAUCACCCCUACUACUGAGCACAAGGUUGUUCCCAAGAAGGAUGACGAGUAUCGCAACUUCUCGUCUUAUUCGCUCAGUAGUUCGUCCGUUGCACGAGCACACGUCGCCGCUACGAAGACUCAGCUGAUUGACUGA